UAGGGUGAUUUGGCGUGACUCGAUGAUGUACAAAUCCUUCUUCCUUUGCAAAAUCCUUGAAUUGCUCUGAAUUGAACGGUGGUCCAUUGUCGGAAGUUACCCGUCUAGCAACUCCAAGGUAAGCAAAGGUCAGUGACCGACUGAUGAAAUGUACCGGCUGCCAACCCUUAGCAGAUUGCUGGAAGAGACCCGCUGACAGCCCUUCAUUGUAGCUAGCUUCCACACGUACCAUAAUCAUAAUAGUUUGGGUUUAAAAAAUGCAAUUGUGUUCUCGCUCGUGAUAGCCCCCUUAAUUUCCGUAAAUGCCUUGUCUUCUGUAGGUCCCCAAUGGAACUUGGUCUCAGUUCUUGUUAAGUCUCUCAGCGGUUUCGUGAGUGAUGCAUACCGAGGUAUGAACUUGGAAAGGUAACUGGUCAUUCCGAGAAAACUUCUCACCUCGGUCCUUGACCCAGGGGGUUCACAUUCAUGAAUAGCUUGCACCUUCUCUAGGGUCGGCUUGAGGCCCUCCUGGUCAAAUCGAUAACCAUAAAAUGUAAUCUGGGACGGACCAAAAUGGCACUUGGGCUUGUUAAAGGUAAUCCCAUAAUCUUCAGCUCUUUUGAAUACUGAACCCAGUGUUUCAUUGUGCUCCUUCCAAUUACGCGCUCCAAUCAGGAUGUCAUCCCUCUGGUUGAGGCACCGAGGAAUGUCUCCAAAGACCCGUGACAUCGCAUCAUCAAAUAGGUCUUGAGAAGCCUUUGCGCCUAACACCAAUCUUUUACGCCUGAAGUUGCCCCAAGGAGUAGAAAAUGUGGCAACCGAUCUUGACUCUGGAUGUAACAUUAACUGGUGAUAACCUUGGCGAAGGUCUAAUUUGGUCCAAAUGGAACGGUCAUGGAACUUGUGAGUGAAAUCUUCCAACACUGGUGCUUGUGCAAUUCGACUGCGUUCCAUGUACUGGUUUGGGACUCUGAAAUCAGCACUAGCUCUAAUCAUGUUUGGUUCCCGUUUCUCUGGUGGUACCUCUGCAAAUUUGGGCUUUAACUGCUCUACUACUGGAGAACACUAAGUGAUUGGCUCAUCAUCAGGAACUCUUUCGAAAACGUCCCCUGUUAAUCCUUGGUCUAGCCAUUUCUUGAGUGGUUCUUGAAGGUAAUGUGGUACCGAUCUGGGUUUCUGAGCCACUGGUAUUGCAUUGGCCUUCAUAUGGAAACGCACUAAGAUCUCCUUUCCACGUUUCUUUUCUUCCAUCUUUCCAAUGCCCUCAAACAAGUGACUGUACUUUGCGACAAGGUCUUCCAUUUCCUGCAUUCCAGUGUUCUCAACAGUAUUAGCUGCACAACCGUCGCUGGAUAUCCUGAGUGAAUUGGGUUCUGCGAGACUACCAUUUGGUUGGAUCUUCAACAUCCCCAGUCCUAUUAAAGUUUCCAUACCAAUAAGCGGAGGGGAUUUAAUUCUCCUAAUACCACAACAAACGUCACCAAUCUACCACAAGUGUCAUUGCGUAUUGUUGCACGGAAUUCACCCUUAACAUCAAGUUUGUGUUGCAUUGUGUACAAUUUCACGUUGCUAGGCUGAAGAACUCGCUUAUCACUCGACCUAUGUACAAAUGCCUUAAAUUGAUGCUCAUCCAUAAUGUUAACAUCUACACCACUAUCCACUUUCAUCUGCACAUCCACAUCAUUCAAUUUCACUUUAACACACCUGCUGGUAGUACCCACUCCUCCGAUCUGUUUAACUUUUUUCGCUUGCGAUAAGUGCUCUUCUGCUCGUCCAAAGAAUUCAUCAUCAGAACUUGUGGAUUCUCCCGCUUCUAUUGUCUUCUUUAUUCUGCUUUUGACUUUACCUUUGCCUGGUUUCUGUUUUCUAAAUCUGUUACUCUAGGAUUUACACACAACUGCGAAGUGAUUCCAUUUGUGACAUUUAAUACAUUUCUUUCCAAACGCGGGGCAAUCUUUUCCUUUCACAUGCGCACCGAGUAAUCCACAAACGCCACAUUUCCACGGUUUCAUCUGACGUUGAGAUUCACUUAUCGCCGGUACAGACUGCACGCGACCAGAGUGGUUGACCUGUUCUGUUCCCAUGUCUUGUAUUUGGCGCGCAAUAUCUUCGGUCUGGCUUGCUUCAGUAAGAAAUCUUGUGAGGUCCCAUGUCUUGCUAAUGGCCCUCUCGAUUAAUGUCUUGUUGUCAAUGGUCUGAAUAAUAUUUUCGAGGAUUCUUUCAUCAAAUGUAUCUCCAAAUUCGCACCCUUUCGUUUUUUCUCUUACUCUUGCGGCAUACGCGCUUAUAGUUUCGCCCGUGUGGCCUCAUCUUCAAGAAUAAAUAACGGGCAUGAUGUUUAUUCUUCUUCGGGGUAAAAUGGCCGCUUAACUUCAUACGCAGUUUUGUGUACACGUCGCUCGUCUCCGGAUCAGGUAAACUCUUUUCCAAGCGGACUAUCUCAUUUCCUCCGUAAAUAAUCAUCGCAUCUUUCUUGUCCGCGGCCUCUGAAAUCUUAAAGAAUCUGAAUUCCCUUUCAAUACCUUCUAGCCAUUCCUGCCAAGCUUUUUCCACGGCGUUCAUCUGUUCUGCGAGACGUCUGGGAUUGCGAACGGCUGUGUGGGGAGGUUUCUCGUCUCUGUUACAACUCGAAUUGCUUGAACUGCCGGUCCAGCAACCUGUAUUUCUUGGACCACCGCCGCUGCUUCUUCACGAUUUUCACCCUCAUUACAUUCGAUCCUCGUCGCAAAUUGUAUAAGCCGACAGGAAAAGUAUAUUUAUUAGAAGCGUGCGAGCAUAUAUGAUCCAGGGCUUGGGCCCACUUCAUGAAGUCGUCAUCAGGUAUAAUCCUUCAUAUAUACGCCACUAAAUAUAACAUUAGUCGCAACAUUUUGAACGUAAGGGUUGCCUACAGCGAAACUUCUAUUUAAACUGUGUAUAAUUAUGAAAAGUUUUUGAAGGCUAGUGAUCAAAGUAAUAUCGAAUGGUUCUUCUCAAGUGCUCAAUGUAAUUUGAGGAGACACUGGCCAGAGUCGUGGGGCGUGCAGAAAGAACUUUUUGUUUUAUUUGUUGCAAUAGAUGUUCUACAGGGCGCAGUUGUUCGAAGGCCGAUUAGCGCUUAACCCGGGUUUCUUUUCCUUUUGUUCAAAAACAUUUCUUUGGAUAAUUUUCUCUGCUUGUUGACAAAAUGAAGCUUUCACAUCUGAAUUCAGAUUUCGAUGUUAUCAUUAAUUUUAUUUAUUAAUUAUAUUAAAGAUCGACCCAAGCCGGACCACAUUUUUUGCGGUGAACGCCGGGGCACAGUGAUUGUGUUUAAACACUGGUUCACUUACACUACCUCUCAAUUUCACACGUUUCAAGGGAAUCAUCAAAACCUUCAGUGGAAUGUCAGUGGAAUGUGUGUACGGCUCACGUCAAUAACUUCUCCAGUCAUUUGGUCGAGUGUGUUGAUUCCAGUGACUUGAGUGGCACUGCUGCUUGCUGGCCACGUUUUUCCGAAUAAAUAACAUGGAGCUAGAAUGUUCGUUUGUCCGGUGCCGAAAAUAUGACAAGUCAUGAUGAAAUGGUGCAGCCGAGCUUCACAUCUCGGUAGAUUUACUUUGUGGACCAACGGCCGCCGAGCUACACAACUUGGUAGAUUUACUUUGUGGAACUACGGCCGCCAAGCUACACAACUCAGUAGGUUGACUUUGUGACACGACGGACGCCGAGCUAAACAACCCGGUUUGAUGCAGACACCAGGAGUCGCACGCAUUUUCCAAAGAAAAAUAUGAAAGCUUAAUCCAAAGUAAAAUUUUACUCAUGGUGUAAACUUUCAGCAAACUUUUGAAAGAUGAACGCUUUGGAAGAUUCAUUAAACACAGAUCGAUAGUAGACCUUCAGCAAACUCUUAAAUAUGUACGCUUUACGAAGAUUCAGCACACUUUUAAAACGUGAACGCUUUACGAAGACAGAAUAUUAGACCUCAGCAAACGUUUGAAAGAUGAACGCCGAGGACACACGAAUCACCACAUGAGUUAGCGCGUCAAAGUGAGCCCAGUGAGCCGAAACGUAGCAAGCGCCUCAAAGCGAGGCAAAUGUGUGUCGACAAAAAUGCAAUCUCAAAAAAAACGUCCCUUAUUAGUUGCACAGAACACCCAACAGAAAUUAAGAGUUGCGUUCUCGUGCUCGAACGCAAUUACAAAUUGCACUGAGUAUGAAGAUAUUCUUUCAUGGAUGCCUUGAACGUUGAACGUUGGCCAGAAGCAGUUUUAAAAAGGGGUAUUUGAAGCGAAUCGCGCUUGGAGCAUAAAGCGAUCAUGUAUAUUAGAGCGUUUGCAAAUUUUGCUGAAGAGGUACCUUGGAGCUAGGCCAUUUAAACAUUUAUGAACCAUUACUGAGUCUCUGAAUAGUAGUACAGUUGACUCCCGAUAACUCGAACCUCGCGCUAACUCGAACCAAAGUCGAUUUCCCCUUGAUUUCCUUCAUACGUUUACUGUAAUUGUACCCUCGGUAACUCGAACCUCCCGCUAACUCGCAAUAAUUUUUGUUUUCCCUUCAGAUCAUUUCUAUAUAAUUUUACCCUCGAUAACUCGAACCAUGAUGUAAGGGCGUGACAAGUCAGGAGAAAAACCGUGUACUGAAGUCCCAGACAUUGAAUUUAUUUCAAAGCAACCGACAUGCAAUUUCACCUCAUAGUAGUUUCAGUCUUUUUGAAAACGUGUGUGAAAGAUAAUGAUUGCUGGAAAGAGGGAUUUGAUUUGUAUGUAUCGAGGCGGUCUUGUUAGCGGUUUGUAAACAAACUGUACCGAGCCACCUUAAGCUGGCGAAGUAAGGGUGUUACGUGAUCGCAUUUCUUAGAAUUUGUAGCUAUUUACGAAGCGAAAUUCUGAAUUGAUUGGAUCUCGUUUAUAUUAUUGGCAGAGGUAUUUGACCAUACUGAGGAACAAUAGAGCAUUUUGCUGAAUACCAGGGAUGAAUUAACUCGAAUUAAAAUUAACUCGGUUAAUUUGACAUAACUGUGGAGAUGUGAUCGUUAUAAGUUAAAUGUGGGUCAAGAAUGACACCCAAGUCCUUGGCGGAGGCAGAUGGCUUUAGAGGCUUGCCAAGAAAAGUCACGUAGGAGUGGAAGGUAAUCCACUUAUCAGCUGCCUGGUUCCGAUAAAAACGAGUUUGGUCUUGUCCGGGUUAAUUAGUAAGUUGUUAUCAGAGUCUUAUCACAUCACCACCUUGCUACGUUGGGCAGGUCGUCUUCGAGUUUCCGAACGGCCGAAUCUAUACCUAACAGGGGAAACGACAGGAACACUUUCGAGUCGUCGACGUAUGACUCCAGACAGCAUGUUUGGAAUGCAAACGGUAGAUCGUUCAAAUAGAUGCGAGACGACAGUGGGGAGAGUAUAGCACCUAGGGGUAUUCCAUGUGUAAUUGGCAGAGGGUCAGAUAGGGUAGAGGCUAUUCGGGUAGACUGAGAGCGGCCAGAUAAAUAGCUCUUGAACCAGUUGACAACAGCAGGUGAGGCACCCACCAUCGAAAGUUUGUGAAGCAGUUUUAGAUGGUCAAUAACAUCAAAUGCUUUCGAAAGAUCCAGUAGCACGAGCGUUCAAGGUCUCUGUAGAGAUCGAGGAACUUUUUGUUUCCGCUCUGGUGGGAGGACAGCCGCUUGUUUCGUAAGAGGUAAAUGAACAAUUCUUUCACAAACCUUUGAGACAACCGGUAGAAGUGAUAAAGUUCGAUUGUUAGCUGCUUCCUUUGAGGAUAGGUAUGAAUUCUGCCGUCUUCCAUGUUGUUGGAAAUGUGUUCGUAAUAAUGGAGCAGUUGAUAAUCUCAGUGAUAGGACCUUAUAUGACAGGGAGGCAGUCUUUGAUUAUACGAGUACUUACUUUGUCUGAUCGACGGGAGAGAUUAAAUGACACGGCGAGUUCACAUCUCGCUCGUCCGGGAGAAGAGGGACAGUCUCCGGGGUAGGUUCAGGAAGGAUGAUGUUAUUGUCUUCAGCGAGGCGAAUAGAUGCAUUAGCAGCGUUUCUGCCAACGGAUGAGAAAAAGCGGUUAAAGUCUUUAGAGUAAGUGAGCCUUUCCUGGUUUUUAGAUGGGAUGAGGCGAUUAAUGAUCUUCUAGAGGGAGCUGGGAUUGUGUUUGUGUAGUUGCACCUCUUCGGAACUGUAUUUCCUCUCAGCUUUACUGAAUCCUCUCUUGACCGAGUCGUGGGAAUCCUUGAAAUUUUUCCAGUCUAAUGCGUCGCGUGUUAGAAGGAAACGGUUAUGAGCGCGAUCCCUGGACAUCAUUAGGUCCUUGAUUUCUUCAGUGACAAGAGGUCAGGGUCUGCUCCGAAUUCUGAUCGUUUACAUAGAAGCAUGUGUGUUCAGAACCGACUGUAGGACCCCAUUGAGGAUUUCAAGUUUAGUGUCCACGUCGGUUUCAUCGAAAAUAGUUAGCAGGCUUUAUUAUUAGGAUAAAAUUAAUAAAUUCAUAUUUUAAUGUGUAAAAUCUUACAUUUUAUUCAUUUCUCGGACGGCAAAAUGUGAAUUUUAAUAAACCGUUUACCUAUCUAUUUAUCUAUCCAUUCACAGCGGUUAAAAGGGAUGCAGUGUUCUAAACUACAAGGUAUGAAAGGGUUACCAAUACCAUUUGCCAGUUGAAAGGGGUUCCUUUUUAGUCAAAAAUGGUAUAUAAAAGGUUAAGGGAUUAGACCUUGGGGUGGAGCCACCCCUCCCUGUAUAAGACUUCAUGGAAUAUCCCCUGGGAUUGAAGAACCACGGGUCGUGUAUUGUGGAAAUCUUUAACUUUUAUUUAAAGAUAUCGAGAGACUGUACAAGAUGAAUAUUUAAGUGAUGACAGCCAACAAGAAGAAAAUGAUAUGAGGCCAACAGAUCGAGAAACAGACAGUGACGAUGAUCAAGAAAAUACAUAAUUUUAACACAACGCGUACUACUGUAAGUAGCAAAGGAGAAAAUUCACAACGGGAAUCAAAUUUCUUUUUUGUGAAACCCUAACAAAUAAAUAGUGCAAGUCUGUGAAGGAUCUUGUUUUGUUGUUACAAAUGGUAACAUCAUGUGUUUCAAAUUUUUGUUGUAAUAUUACCGUAAUUCUUAUCGCCAAAGGUAAUAAAUAAAGUUUAUUAUUAAUAUUAUUAACAUAGGGUUUUGCCACUUUCAAUGUAAUAUUUAACAAUUAUUCCACGGGUGCGCUUUGGAUAUGAGUUGGAUAUAACCAUCUCAUAUCCAACAAGCGCGAUAGGAAUAAUUGUUUUAUUAAAAACGCCCACAAAAUAUCGACAAUUCUUCCCGACUUUAUUUGUAAGAACAACCGAUUUUCAGCUU